AUGGAGAACCAAGAUUUCUAUACCAACAACCGCCGUUCAAGAAGCCACCAUCAGCAGCAGCAGCAGCAGCAGCAGCAACAACAAUACCAGUAUUACCAGCUGGACUCAAGAGCUGAUAGGGCUUCUUCUUGGCGAUCCUCUCAAAAAGACCCUGAUCCAGACAUUCCUAGCAAGAGAAGUUACAAUAUCAAUGAGAAGAGUUCUGUUGGUAUCGAGCGACUCAACACUAGGGGCGCUUGCCAGCGAGAUGACAGAGUCUCUUCAUGGUGCAAUGAUGUUCAAAGACAUCGCCUCAAUAGUCCAAGUUCUAGUUUUACGGUGUUCAAUGACAAUCAAUUGAAUCAAGAAUUACUAGUACAACCAGGUGUUGGAGCUCAUCUGAACCCAAGAGGCCCUCCGGGUUUACCAAUGCCUCCUUUCUUGCAAUCAACGCAUGUGCCUAGCUCUGUCAGCACUUUGCAACUGGCCAGUCCAUCCCCUGCUAAGCGUUUCACACCUGAUGAUUUGAGAUCUUCAAGUAGCAUCGUCUUGCGUCCUCUCAGUGCUGUCUCUCAUAUUGGUUUCAGUGCUUUCAAUCAACGUGCACCUGAAUCCGUCCAACAAUCUCAGUCUUUUUCGCCAUGGCCUACUAAUAUCAAUGUAUUGCAGCUUCGUGACUCAAACCAGCAGAACCUCUUUGACAGUAGCCUCAUGUUGCACAAGCACAAUGAACUGGGUAUGAAGGCCGUUGAUACAUGCAAGCCCACGCCUGCUCCUCCUCGAACCUGGUCUCAGAUAGCAGCCAAAGACUCUCAGCAAGUGACUCGCCAUACAUCCAGUACUACUAUUAUCCCUGCCAAAGCAACUGAAUCAAGAAUCUCUACGAUGCAAACAGAGCGUACUGGUUCAAAUAUCCCACUUGUGAAGGAAGAAAUGGAUAUUGAUAUGGCAGAAGCUUCUGCUAUACCAGCAAGUCAAUCACAAACCGCUCCUGUAGAUUCUCCUAUUCGUAAAUCAAGAUACAUCACUGACUCGUUGGCUUUUAUCUCGUCUGGCGUCAGUAAUGACCAGAAUAUGUCAGUUAUUCGACCUUACAUAGUACUCAAGAUCAAAAAUAUAUCAUGGAAUGUGAGUUCAUCUGAUAUUUACGACACACUGUCUCGCUACAACACCCUCAAACUCCCAGAUGCUACCAAGCUCCCUCAAUGCGUUCAUGUUUUCAUGGAUAUCAAAACUGGGAAGACCCUAAAUACUGCCUAUGUGGAAUUAGAGAUGAAUACUUCCUCGCCUAUUCAAAUCGACUUUAUUAUUGGUAACAUCAAAAUUCCCCAAGCUCAGGGCCGCCAUAUCACUGUUACUCGCAGUUCGUACGAUGAGCUCUGCAACGAUCUCUUCUCGCAAUGGAAGGGUGAAUUCACAGAUGGCAUGGCAUGUCCUCACACUGAUUCUCGAGACUCUUCAGCUACUCAGAAAUCACAAUUUUACAUUGGCCAACGAGAUUUACAACGCUUAUUGGACAUUUGUAAAUUCUUCAAGACUUUUUACAACCGUAAAUGUGCUGAAAGACCAUUCGAGUUCUUGAUCACCAUCAUCAUGAACAUUCCCUGGAAACAACCUCGCGCCGUUACAACAGCUCAACGAGAUAUCAUUUAUGAAUGUUAUAAGCUAGCAACAGAAGCACUUUAUAAUCAUAUGGACCGCCCAUACCACUCAUUCGACGAUGAACUGUUGCCUCGAAUGGUUCGCGCUGCCAUUACCUGUGAUGGAUUUACCGUCAAACAAAAGAAAGUGGUGCUUGGUAAAGCAAAAAUGGAGUGUCCCCCUGAUAUAGAGUCGUAUAUGCAAGAACCUAUUCUCCACCCUGCCGAUUUGACCAACUUAUUCCGUUAA